UAGAAAUUUGGCGCCAUUAUAUUCUCCAAUUUUGAUAUAUUUAUAAGGUGCAAUUUCAAUCUUAAAGUUUUGCAUAUAUCUAUUUGGUGAGUUUUCUAAUUCACUACUACCUUCCUACACAUUUUUCAAUCAUCAGAAGACAAUAAUCUCAGAAUCUCCUGCUCCUCAACCAUCUGCGCCCAGUUUCUAUAUGUAUGGCUCAAAACCUGGUAGCCUCCAUCCCCAAGAGUGUUCGGGGAAAUGCAGUUACAGAUGCUCAAAUACGCAGUACAAGAAGCCAUGCAUGUUCUGCCAGAAGUGUUGCGCCAAGUGUUUGUGCGUCCCCCCUGGAACCUAUGGAAACAAGCGAUUCUGCCCUUGCUAUAACAAUUGGAAGACAAAGAGGGGAGGGCCCAAGUGUCCUUAAUUCUUAAACUACUCUUAAAUCUUAAUUAACCUCAUCUAUAUCUUUGCAUUGUGCUAGAUUAACUCUAACUAGGUCAAAGAUUGUUUCUUUUUUUUUUCUAUCGAGUCAUGUCUGUAUAAGAUGUGUGAUUUUUAUGAAGAUUUAUUGCCCUAAAUGGGACUAAAUUCUUCUUUAAAUUCUUAAAUACGACUAAGCAUAUUUUUCCCCCUAAAUAGGAUUGAAUUACCAAUUUACCCUUAUUAUUUCUCUUUCCCCUCUUUCCCCUACGUUUCUUCUCCCCCGCACAUCUUUCUUUUCUUCCCCUGCGCAUCUUCUCCCCUACGCCGCACACAGCUUUUUCUUCCUUCCCCUUCGCACUGGAACAAUCACACCUUCGAGCCCGCCGCCGCUGACGUGAAGUCCUCCGCCGCUACCCAGUCAUAGUCAUCGCCGCCGCUGACGCGAAGUCCGCCGCCGUCGCCUCCAUCGCCGUCGGAGAUCUUCUCUUCUUCGAAGAUCUGAAAUGAUAAAGGCCAGAUUUACAAUGGCAGAUUCUGAAUUAGUUGCGACGGUGGCCGGAUCUACAAGGGCGGCGGAUGGCGGCCAGCGGAGGUUAGAUCCGACCAGAUCUCCGGCGGCGUCCGCCAUAUUUGCAGCGGCGGAAACCGCAACGGUCAGAUAUAUAUUGGCGGCCGGUUUUGAGGUGGCGGAGAUGUCCGGCGAACGUAGGCGACCGGCGGUGGUCCGACGUGCUGGUUGGCGGCGGUAUGGCUUCAAGCUUCGGGGGUGUUUUUGUCCAAUUACAAAUAAUAACUCCUAUUUGGGGAAAUUUUAGACUUUAAUCCUAUUUUGACAAUUAAUGAUUAAUUUACUCCCAUUUAGGUAAAUACCUCUUUUAUGAAUUAAAGUGUUUGUUUGGGUUAAGUAGUACACUACAAGAAAACAACAUUUUUGUCACGGACUUUUGUCACAUAUCCGGUCCGUGAUAAGUUUGUCACGGAUUUAUCUCUAUGAUCACGAAAAACCUUUCUCGCGGAUCAAAUCCGUGACAUACGUACGGUUGUCACGGAUUAUUUCCGUGACAACGUCCGUGACAAUAGACUUCCGGUGACCGGAAACAUACGCUGACGAGGUUUUUUUGGUCCGGCGCUUAGUCACGGACAAAAUCCGUGACAAAUCUCAAUAAUUGUCACCUCCAACAGUCACUGAGUUAAUGUUGUACGAAUAGUGGUUGUCAUGAAAUAAUACGUGACAAAAUCCGUGAAAAAAUCCGUGACAAUGUUUUUUAUAUAUGCAAGAAUCGUUUCAUUCGAUUCAUACCGGUUUACAUUCAUUCAAAGUAUUAUACAGUGUCUAUUGAAAGAUAUUAAGGACGGCAUUUUUUAAAUACAAAUAGAGCCAAUUAUCACACAAAAUUGACAUUGAAGUUAUCUCAAAACGGAAUGACUCUCGUUAUUUAAUUACUAAAAUAAAAAGAAACAAUGACACUAAUAUUACUCCCUAAGUUUCCAUUUCCAAAUAUAUUACGGAGUACCAUUUUAUGUAGGAAAAAUUGAAAAUAAUUAUCCCAACUAUUGCUGGUCCGCUAAUAAUAAUCCUAACUAUUGAUUAUUUUUGUAUAAUAUCAACUAUAUGGACCGUCCGCCAAUAAUGGUCCAUGACCGCAUAUUACCUGCUCUAACCUGUGAAUUUUUAAUAGAAAUUAAGCGUAAAAAUUAAAAUUUGGGAUUAUUUAUAGGGAUUACCUGCUAUAUCUUUUUAGAAGCUAUAAGAAUUUAUUUAUAGUCGGUCAUGUUGGACCAUUAUUGACAGAAAGUCCCUAAAAUUAAGAGUAUUAUGAGCGGACCGCCAAUAGUUGAGAUCAUUACAAUCAAUUUUUCCUUUUAUUGUAUUUCCAAAAAAGUGAUCUACCUGCAAUUAAAAAAUACUCCUAAUACUCCGUAAGACCCAGCGGAUACUUCUUCUCCAUCGCAAAACCAUGAGACAAGCGAAUACUUCUUCUCCAAUCUCCAUCCUAGGGUCAUCUUUCUUCUCCCGAGCUACGCAGUCGGCCAUCGCCCCUCCGCAGUCAGCUAUCGCAGCUCCGAAGUCUCCAAUCACACCGUCGCAGUCGGCCAUCACACCCCCACCGCUUCCAGAUCGUACCGGCUACAGCCUCGCCUCUCCAUCGAACCGAUGCUUCACCUCGUCGCUAUAUCCUCUCCAUCCAGCCGACGCUCCACCUCGAAGCCUUUAGAAUCCGGAUUUCAGAUCGAAUUUGAAGGAUUUCACUUUUUUCCUGGGUGACUGUGGUGCGGUAGGGGUAGGGAAAUGGCUUGGGCGAGGCUGGAAGCUACGACAUGGGGGCUGGUGCGCAGGGGGCUGGUGCGAGGGGAGGGAGGGCUGGUCAGUGGCGGAUCUUGCAUUCAAAAGUUGGGUGUUCAAAAUUAAUUUGUCAGUCAAAAUGUUGAACAAAUAAUAUUUUUUGAUCCAACAAAUGAAUAUAUAUUACUUUUUCAACAACAACAAAAUGGAAAGUAAGAUCAAAUGCAAGAUAUAUUAUCAAAAAAUACACCAUAUAAAUUAUUACAUCAAUUCUAUAUGUAUAUUUUAACAUUUUAUUUUUAAUUUUUUGGGUGUUCACAUGAAAACCUUUGCACAAAAGGGAUCUGGGGAGGGGGGGAGAUGACGACAUCCGGGAUGUUGCGGGGCGGCGGUUGGUGGCCGCGGUCCACGGUGAUGGUCAGCGGUGGUGGUGUGCGGUGAUGGUCAUGAUAGGCUUGGGACGGGGAUGAGGGGGCUGUGAGGAGUAGCGGAAGGACGGGGCUGGAUACACCAGAGAUGACGUGUCACAGUGGUCCUUGAUGAUGGUGACCGGACGGUGGUGGCCGGAUGGCAGAAAUGUCAUUGUGGUCGGAGGUUGGGGCGGAGAUGUCACUACGAAAAUGUCACCGCGGAGAUAUCACUGUGGCCGGCGGCAGUGACACGGGCGGUGACAGUGACAUGGGCGACGACAAUGACACAGACGGUGGUGGUAGUGACAUGCGUGGCGGCGGCAGCAGUGACAUAGACGGCAACAGUGACACCCGACAGUGACAUGAAAAUUGGAUAGUGACAAAUCUAUUUAAAAGUCACUUUAUAUCAUUCCUAAUAUAUAACCAUCUUAGUUACAUUUUUAUCCAAUUAAAAAUAUGAUCAUAUUUUGGGAAAUCAGCUUUUGUUUAGUAAUAUUAACGGAAAAAGCCCAAAUAAAAAAUAUUAUUAAAAGUUAUUUUUAAAGUAUAUGUUAAUACCAGUUUAUAGGUUAUUAUUUUUAUUAUGGUGUUUAUAGGUCAUUGUUAUUACUUCCUAUUAUUUAAAGUUAUUUUCUUAAACAGUAAGCAAGUCAAUUCCAUGUCAACCAAAAUUGUAUUUUUACCUCGUAAAUCUAUGUGUGAGUGUUACUUGUAUUUAUUUGAGUAUGUGGUAUCAAAUUAAAUUAUGAGUAUUUGAAUUAUGAAAUGUGAUUGUAAAUGUUAUUUGGGCUUGAGCUAUUUAUGUUAUAUUUCGUAUUUUGAGCUAUUUACAUAGUACGUUAUAUUUUGAGCUAUUUUGAGAAAUUUGGCUUUAAGGAUAGAAUAUCCUUAUUCUUGAAAUGUUGGAAUUUUAUCAAUGUAUAAUAGAUAUUGGAUUUUGGAAAAUAUUAAAGAUAAAAAAUUAUU